CCGGACGGGAAUUCGAGCCGGCGGUCUACUGUGGAGCAGCUAUCACUUCCCUGUCAGGGGACUGGCUGGGAUCAGUGCUGCCACCUCUGGUCCAAAUAUCCAGACGGCUCUCCCUCUCCUGGAAACCUGAGCGGCGCUUUUCUGGAUAAUUUUCUAGACUUCUCUCACCCCGAAUAUCAUGGCUGAAGGAAGGAGAGCCUGGAACAAAGAGGACGAUCUGCCGGUCUACCUGGCCAGACCAGGGACUACGGACCAAGUCCCAAGGCAGAAAUACGGCGGUAUGUUCUGCAGUGUGGAGGGCGCCUACGAAAGCAAAACCAUUAAUUUCGAUGCUCUGAGCGUGGGCCAGAGAAGUUCUAGGAGCUCCAGAACUGUGAAAAACCGAAAUGUACCUCAGGAAACGCUGAGCAGCAGCAGCAGCAGCGGUGGCGGCGGAGGUGACCAGGACAGCGUGAGCGUGGAAAGCGGGCGAGGCGAGGGCGAGGGUGAGGAGACGCUGCAGAGCCCGCCGGGAGCAGAGAGUGACAGGCUUCUGAUCAAAGGAGGAAGAAUAGUGAAUGAUGACCAGUCAUUUUACGCCGAUAUUUACAUGGAGGAUGGUCUCAUUAAGCAAAUUGGAGAUAACCUGAUUGUUCCAGGCGGUGUUAAGAUCAUAGAAGCCAAUGGCAAAAUGGUUAUACCCGGUGGCAUUGACAUCCAUACGCGGCUGCAGAUGCCAUAUAGGGGAAUCACGGCGGUGGAUGACUUCUUCCAGGGGUCAAAGGCAGCUCUGGCUGGUGGAACUACCAUGAUAGUUGACCAUGUUGUGCCAGAUCCUGGUGCCAGUCUUCUUGAAGCUUUUGAGAGAUGGAAGGAAUGGGCAGAUGAAAAGGUCUGCUGUGAUUACUCCCUACAUCUUGAUAUAACUCACUGGAAUGACAGUGUCAAGCAGGAGAUUGAAGUCCUGGUCAAGGAGAAAGGAGUUAACUCUUUCCUGGUAUACAUGACCUAUAAGGACCUCUAUCAGAUGACCAGCAGCGAGCUCUAUGAAAUCUUCACUUUCCUGGGAGAGUUUGGGGCCAUUGUGCAGGUCCAUGCAGAAAAUGGGGACAUUAUUGCACAGGAGCAAGCCCGUAUGCUGGAAAUGGGGAUCACAGGACCAGAAGGCCAUGUACUCAGCAGGCCAGAGGAGCUUGAGGCAGAAGCUGUCUUCCGGGCAAUCACCAUUGCAAGCCAAACCAACUGCCCUCUCUACAUCACAAAAGUUAUGAGCAAAAGUGCAGCUGACAUAAUUUCUCAGGCCAGAAAAAAAGGUAAUGUUGUCUUUGGAGAACCCAUUUCUGCCAGCCUUGCUACAGAUGGAACACACUAUUGGAGUAAGAACUGGGCCAAGGCAGCAGCCUUUGUGACAUCACCACCUCUGAGCCCUGACCCUACAACACCGGACUAUCUUAACUCAUUACUUGCCAGUGGAGACCUGAGUGUGACGGGAAGUGCCCACUGUACCUUCAGCACAGCCCAGAAGGCCAUUGGAAAGGAUGACUUCACUCAGAUACCAGAAGGAAUCAAUGGAAUUGAGGAAAGAAUGUCCAUUAUCUGGGACAAAGCUGUGGUAACUGGCAAAAUGGAUGAAAACACAUUUGUGGCGGUAACAAGCACCAAUGCUGCAAAAAUUCUCAAUCUAUACCCUCGCAAAGGCCGAAUUGCAGUGGGCUCAGAUAGUGACCUGGUGAUCUGGGAUAUGGAUGCGAUAAGGACUGUCACAGCUAAAAUGCAUAAUUCGGUUGCUGAAUACAAUGUAUUUGAAGGCAUGGAGCUACAUGGUGCCCCCUCAGUGGUGAUAUGCCAGGGCAAGAUAGUGCUGGAAGAUGGAAACUUGCAUAUCACUCAGGGCAUGGGCCGCUUCAUACCGUGCACUCCUUUCCCAGACUAUGCCUACAAGCGAUUGAAAACCAGGAGACAGAUGGUGGUUCUAAGGGCUGUUCCUAGGGGUAUGUAUGAUGGGCCAGUGUCGGAUUUCUCCUCCUUGUCAAGGGGAGGUACUCCAGCUGCUUCAGCCCGGACGUCCCCCACCAAACAGACCGCACCAAUUCGAAACCUCCAUCACUCCGGAUUUAGUUUAGCAGGUAAUCCUGCACACCAGGGUGCUCCCACUGAAGAGACCCCCAUUCGCCCUGCUGGGCGGCGGAUUGUGGUUCCCCCUGGUGGCCGCUCAAAUAUUACUUCAUUAAGCUAAAGUGUGGAAACUGUCAUUAAAAUAUGAGACAUGAUUGGUUCAAGUUCAAGUUGAAUGAAAUACAGAAGCCUCAUGCCUUACCAGUCACGAACGCUACCUGUUAUAGCUUUAAGAAUGCAGUAUUCAUUUUCCUAGGAAAUGCAAUUCAGGCUCAGACAGUAAACAAAAGCAAACAGAUUUAGCCUCUCAUUACUGUGUCACUUCGUCCAGGCCCAGCACAUGCAUGUUAUUUGUCCAGCUCCCCCUCGUGUGAGUCGCAUAUUUUCAGUCCUUUCUCAGCAAAGCAGAUGUGUUUUUUAUUAAGCUCCCUCUUACUUAUUUGAUGUGAACCUUUUUUUCACAUGGACCUGGGUUCUGUCGCACCCACCAUAGCACCAACCCAGCACAUUAUAACAUGUUUAGAUGAGUAAUAUUUAACAUUUUCAUAAUAUGAAUUAUUUUUUGAAUGAUACAACUUACAAUAGUUGAGAUACAUUUCUUUUGUUUUGACAAUUGGCUCACAGACAUUUGAAGUGACUUGCUCAUGGUCACAGAGUGUCAGUUGCAGGAUUUGAACCCACAACCACAGGGUUUGAAGUCCAAAGCCUUAACCACCACUGCCUGCACAUGUCAUACAUCAUAGUUGCUUUUGUAGUUGUUACUCGGUUCCCUUUGUCUUGAUUGAAAAAGGAUGCGUAUAAAGAUGGGAGGCAACUGUAGUGUCCUUGUGACAUUAAUUUUGGUGCUAGUCAUCCUGACCUAACCUGCAAGUAAUCAAAUGGUCUCAGGCCUGCUGCUCAUGUAGCUGCUGUGCAAAAAAACACCACUGUGACUUACCUGAAAGCAGCCUUCUAAGCAAGCGCAUUUUCCAUUUUAUCCACUGUGAUUCUUCUCUUAGAUGUUGUCCUUUGUUAGUCUUUCUCUUGUUAACAGUUGCAAGCGGUCAUCUGUGCUUUUUAGUGCUAUACCCAAAAAUUUGUAUGCAGCCUCCUUUCAUUCAAGACUUGCUGCACAAUGCAUCCAGGCCUAUACUGUACUUAUUACAGGGUCUGACACAGUUAUAAAUUAUAUGACUUUAAGAGGUCCCAGCCCACUAAAUUAGAAGUGGAAGGUCCAACCAUGCUGCUCACAUUUCAUUAUGCAGACAAGUUUGUUGGCAUGAUGAAAACAGGGGGCAGCCAAAUGUGUGGAGUUAUGGGUCCAAUAUGCCUGCCCCUCCUUCACUAAAGGACCCGUUAAAUGGCAUGUGCUGAAGUGUGGCAACAUGAAGCACUUCAAACUACCUUUUGUGCAUAAGGGCUGCCACAGUUCAUCACAUUUCUAUUAGAAAAUGCCAGUUAGAAAGGCCUCCUCCUCCUCCUCCCAUUCUGCUUGCAACAACUAAGUGAACUUUGGGAGAUUUCCAGUAAUAAACAGUAAUGUUUUACUUAUCAUUGUAAACAUCUGUAGAUGGUUCGGAAGCAAACAUCUUGCUCUUGUGACUGUCUCCGGAAGGUGCUUUACAAAUAAAGACUUGUAGCACAAUUGUUCACAUGUGUAUUUUUUUACAGUUGGAGCACAGGCAGGUAACAUGACUCACUCAGGGUCACAUAUGGGGACUGAACUGGAGAUCUUGUGGUUUAGUGUCCCAAGACUAAGCCACACUGACUUCCUUGUGCCCUACAUUUGACAGUUACAAGUAACCUUAUCCUUUUACAACUCCAGUGCUGCAGAUGCAGUGUUGGCUGCUGUGCCUCCUUCAGUCCUUUUCUUCAUCGUGAACACAUCUCCUUCCUCUCCACACUGUUAGUGCAAACUGACCCUGCAACUUAAUCACAUCUUCACUAAUUUAUAUCCCGAAAAGUAAUGAUCUCUGUAUUUUGUAUGACUUGGUAGACAAGGCAUUUUUUACAUAUGCAACUUAUUACCUCGUUAAAUAUUUAUUAGCUCCCAUCCCAUCGCUCAUUCCGCCCAAAGGGAAUGGUCUGUUCAUUCCAGAAUAGCUGUACAGUGUCACCUUGGCUGGCCUAUAUAGGAUAUCCCAAUGGUCAGUGGCAGCUGCUUCGUCUGUAGAGCUGCAAAGGAAAGGACUUUUGUGGACACUGUGCUUCCCUGUUUGCUUUAGUGCAUUUUAAUGUCAUUUUAAUUGAAUUCAUUAACUACCUAACCCUGUGUCAGAAGCCGUUUUCUUCCAGUGAUGGUGGGGAUGAGUAUUUCUAAUAGCAUUGAACUGCACCAGUCUGAUCAUCUAUGCAUACAUACAGUACCUGCCUCAAAGGUUUACACCCAACCCCACUAAGUAAUCUAAAAACAUAAAGAAAAGGGCGGCCUAAUUGUUGUCCGAGUGCCACUACAGCUACUAACAUGGGGACAAGGAAAAAUUAAACACCUUUGUAUGCUGUGCUUCAAUAUUAGUACCAUCCAAAUAAAUAUUAUCUAUUUAUGACAUACAUAUAGUACUCUAAAAUCUGAAGAUGGCAAGGAAAUUGUGAACAGCUUAUCAAUUUGGAUUCACCGGGCAGUGUCACUUGCUCAUCUUUUGAAAUGUGGGAGAAGAACCCUAAUAGAGUGAGGCAGAACUGCAGACGCCACACAGACGAAGAAAUGCGUCUAAAUGCAGCCCACAAUAGGCAUGAUGUAGGUCAAUUAACGCCCAUAAUGUCAGACACAAUACGCCCUCUAAGUCAGAUGAACUUCCCACAACCCUAAUCUUCAGCAUAGUGUAACUGGGCGUUCAAUGGGUGUUUUGUGACUGACGUUAUACGGUUGAAAUUACAUUCUGUUUCUGACAAAGUGCGCGUGUGGAAUUCACAGCCAAGAAAUGGCUAAUAAGCUGCAAUUCAUGUCUACCUGUUUGGCCCUUCCUUUGGAGAAUGAAUACUGCAUGUGUAAGAAUGUUGCUUUCAACUUUUUUGAUAUUAAGCUUUUUCAUCAUUACAUUUUUUUAAAGUCCUAGUUUGCUGUAGUCAAUAGCUUAUUAGCCUACCAUACCACUGGCUUUAGAUAGGUGGCGCUGUAGUCCUGUUAGCUUGUAUUGUAGCCUUGUUUUCCUGUGAUUGCUGUAUCCCUGAAUUACUGGACCAGGAAUAUUUGAUAGUUUUAAUUAGAUUAUAAAUACAUACAGCAAUCGUAAGUGGUAUGCAAAUCCCAUAACCAUCAUGCCUCCUUGAUGUGUUUUAUAAUAAUCGCUAACAACGAUUACACAUUCCCGCAGCUCUUUUUUAUCCAACUGCUACGUCUUGCAUACUUUCUGAAUUUAACAUCAACCUGAGGUCAAGUUAAAGUCUUGCCAAGGCUGAACCCUGUUUGCUUUGCAUUUAUUUUGUUCUGUAUUAUACCUGUGAGUUAGUUACAGAAUAUUUAUUACAUAAUGCCUUUCCUCUGUCCAUCUAUCAGGUAGCACCUUUACUCUCAGGUGGUAUCUAUCUAUCUAUCUAUCUAUCUAUCUAUCUAUCUAUCUAUCUAUCUAUCUAUCUAUCUAUCUAUCUAUCUAUCUAUCUAUCUAUACUGCCUACUCUAAAGGCUACCGGAGGAAAGCUGUGUACACAUUUAACUUUCUAGCCCAUCAAUUUAUAAAUCUGACUGAAUGCAUUACAUUGUAUUUAUCAGUAAUAAUUUAAUUAAAUUUAGUUUGUUUGAUUUUCUGACAGUGCCCAUCACACUGGGUUGGCCAGUAGUGCUGUGCUCUGUCUAAAAGGCAUUUUGUGUUCAAAGUCAACAAUUUUCAGAUAAAUAAGAAGGCCUUAAGCCAAAAAAAUUCCCACUCAUUUAUUGCAAUACUGAAUUAAAGUAUUUUAGUGUAUGAUUGUUGCAAGCAAAUAAUUUGAUUCAAGAAGGAAAGACAUUUACAGCAAUGAGAAAACAAAGCUGCAGUCAUUAUCUGUGAAAGUACUUAAUAUAUUUCUGACACGCGCACUCUUCAGUUGUGCUUCUGACGCACACAAAGCUGACAGAGUGUGUCCAAAUGAAAUGUAAGUGGUUGUAUGAAAUUUUCCUGAAUAAACAUUGAACGUGACCUGGAGGAUGGUCUUCUGUA